AUGAACGUUGAAUACAGAAGCAUCCGAGAAGUAUUUCGCAAAAAGCCUGUCAAGAUGGAUUUCCUGAGAGCAGGAACGCACAUGAUGAUGUCAUCGUUCCUCUACACCAUCUCCUCCGGCCCCACUUUCUCCUCAACCUUUUGGCCGUCCUUCUGUGGUCCCCACGACCCCUACUCGCAGCACUGCCUCUCCACACCCCUCCUCUCCUCCUCCGCCCCUCCUCUCUCCUCCACCCCACCCAGCCUCCUCCUCCUCCCCUCCUCCCGCCACAACACUCUCUCCCAAUUCUCCCCCGCUUCCCUCCCUAACAUCACUCCCUCCAUUGUCACAUGGAACCAAAUAGAGCGCCUAGCGACAGAGGAAACCAGCCCAGGGUACCUACCUCCGUGGCUGCUCUACCUCCCAGUCUCCCCGUGCCUGCAGCACGCGUCCUUCCUGCUCUUCUCAGCCUUCUUCAUCAUCUGCACCCUCUCUCACCUCCUCAUCCUCCCCAAACCCCAACACGCACAUUCCAGCCCCGCUUCCCCCUCCUCCUCUUCCGGUCCUUCCUCUUCCCCUUCUGUUCCCGGCCCUUCCUCUUCCUCCUCCGCCUCCCGUCCCUCUGCCCCGUCUGCUCCUGCCUCUCGCUCCUCCCGCCCCCCCGGGUCUGACGUUCAGGGUGCUCCUGACACAGCAGAUACCGCAGGGGCAGAGACACACUGGAAAGCAGGACCAGGGUACUGGCUCUAUCUCUUCCUCUCCCUCCUCCUCUCAGUCUCCUGGGCGCUUCUCAUCCUAUCUGCCCUUCUCUUCACGCUUGUGAAUCCGGCUGACAGCAAGCAGCAUGGGGCGUAUCCCCAUGUGCUGGCGUAUGCAGCUGGGCAGGUGGUAACCUGGUUACUGGCGCUGCGGGUGUUACUGCUGUAUGGCAAACGGAAGGAUCAGAGGCUUGUGGGUUCGGCUAGGGUUUGGCUGUUUGCGAAUGCGGGUGCUGUGCUGUUGCUCUCUGCUGGUGUGGUGUUACGAUUUGGUUCCCCUGGAGGGUUGAAGGCAGAAUCAGGAGGGGCAGUAGGAGAAGGGGUUCUUGCUGGAAAUAGCCGAGGGAAUUUUGGGGUGUGGAGCGAUUUUCUGACGCUGGUUACCCUUCCAGUGGCUCUCCUUUUCGGGGCGUUUGCAGUGAAUGGACGGCCAGGAUGGGCUCUUCCUCGUGCAGAAUCUCAGCCAUCGGAUGUCGAAACUAUAGAGGAUGGGCUACGAACUCCAUUGCUGAUUGGUGGAGGGGCAAUAAGAGAAAGCCACGUGGCAGGGAAGGAGAAGAAGCAGCAUCGGAAAUCGAAUCUCUCAAGACCGACAGGGAAGGAGUCAGGGGCAGAAGCAGGGCAGGGGGAUAAGCGCAGUCGGUCACAGUUAGAACAGUUACAGGAUGAAGAGGAGGAGGAGGAGCAGGAGCAGAAGAAGCAGCAGGAGGAGCCUCCUAUGACUCUCUACGCCUCUGCUGAUUGGCUCUCAGCUCUCACGUUCGGAUGGGUCUCGCCGUUCCUGGAGGCGGGUGCGGAGAAGACUGUGGCUGUGGAGGACGUGCCGAGCCUACAGGCCUGCGACCGCGCCGAAGCUAACUUCCGAGCCUUUGACGCCAGCUGGGCAAGGCAGGUUGCUGAGGCUGAAGCUGCCGAAGCUGCAGCAGCAAGGGGCGGGGGAGUAGGUCUUAUCCCUUUCUUUAGCGGCCCCUUUUCCCUUUCGCAGGCCUGUUCCUGUGAAAACCUCUGCACCGCACUCUAUCGCUGCAUCUCCGUCCUCUCAUCCUGCCUUCACUCCCUCAAAUCCUUCCUCACCUCACUCUACACCUCUCCGUACACCCAGCAAGAAGACAGCAAAGACUCGGCCACUGCAGAAAAAACCAAGGAAGACAAAGAAGAGGAGGGAGAGCAGACACAGCCCAAGGCAACGGUAACCCGGGCUCUCUGGGAGUGCUUCUGGAGGCCGCUGGUGCUGACAGGAGUGCUGGCGCUGGGUAAAACCGGUGUGAUGUAUGCAGGGCCGCUGCUGCUGGCGAGCUUUGUGCAGUUUGCGGCGGGGGAGAGGGCGUUUCCGGGGGAAGGGGUGGUGCUUGUGGUCGCGCUGUUCCUGUCCAAGGCGUCUGAAAUUGUUCUGGAACACCAGUUUAACUUCCGAUCCGAGGUGCUUGGGCUGGACAUCAAAGCGGCGUUGGUGGGUGCACUCUACCGCAAGGGGCUGCGGCUGUCCAGCAAGGCGAAGCAGAGACACACCAUUGGGGAGAUUGUGAACUACAUGUCGACAGAUGCUCAGCGCCUAGCGGACCUCAUGUGGGAGUUGCACAACAUAUGGGUGCUGCCGCUACAGAUUGUUUGCGCCCUCGUCAUCCUUUUCCAUGUGGUGGGCAUAUCCAUGCUCUCUGGCCUGGGAGUGAUGCUGGCAGUCAUGCUCGCCAACCUUCUAGUGGCAUCCGGCAUCCACCGAUUCAUAACCGAAAUCAUGUCAGCCAAGGACGCGCGCAUGAAGGCCACCUCGGAAGCCCUCUCCUCCAUGAAGAUCAUCAAGCUCUACGCGUGGCAGCAGCACUUCCAGGACAAAAUCCAAUCGCUCCGCGACUCCGAAGCCUCCUGGCUGGUCAAAUUCAUGGCCUACGCAGCAGUAAACAUCUUCCUCCUCUGGCUCACCCCUCUCGCGGUCUCGGUCGCGACUUUCGGCACGAUGGUGGCUCUCGGUGUGCCGCUUACCCCGGCGUCGGUUUUCACUGCGAUUGCGACUUUCAGGAUUCUGCAGGAGCCGCUGCGGUCGUUCCCGUCGGUGAUCAGCGCGGUCACGCAGGCCAUGGUGUCGUUGAAACGGCUUUCGAGGUUUUUGUCUGAUGAGGAGUUGCAGUGGGAUGCGGUGGAGAGGGUUGGAGAGGGAGGAGGGAUGGGUGGAGAGGGAAUGCGGGAUGGUCUGAAUGGUAAUGGGUAUGGAGGUAAUGGGGGUAUCAGUCAGCAGCAGCAGGAUGGGGAGGGGGAGGAGAGGGGGGUGGAGAAAGGAAAUGAGGAGCCAGUGGAGGGGAAAAGGAAGAAGGAAGGUGAUGAUGACGUGGUGGUGAGGAUUGAGAAUGGCACGUUCAGCUGGGAUGCGGACCCAGAGAAGACCACGUUGACUGGCGUUGACCUGGAGAUCAGGCGGGGCAUGCGCGUGGCGGUGUGUGGGACGGUGGGCGCGGGCAAGUCGUCUCUUCUGUCCUGCAUCCUGGGUGAAGUGCCCAAGCUGCAAGGGAAGGUGUUUGUCUCGGGUCCCACGGCCUACGUGCCUCAGUCCGCGUGGAUCCAAAACGCCACCAUCCGGGACAACAUUCUGUUCGGCCAGCCCUUGGACCGAGCCCGCUACCACCACACGCUGCACCAGUGCUCGCUCCUCGCUGACCUGCGCCUGUUUCCUUUGGGGGCCGACACGCAGAUCGGGGAGAGAGGGGUGAAUCUAUCCGGGGGGCAGAAGCAGCGGAUUCAACUGGCCAGGGCGAUGUAUGCAGGGGUGGGGAUGGGUGCGGAGGUGUAUCUGCUGGACGAUCCGUUCAGUGCUGUGGACGCGCAUACCGGUUCAGAGCUCUUCAUGAUCGGGGAGAGGGGGGUGAAUUUGUCCGGUGGGCAGAAGCAAAGGAUUCAGCUGGCACGGGCGAUGUACGUAGGGGUGGGGAUGGGUGCGGAGGUGUAUCUGCUGGACGAUCCCUUCAGUGCCGUGGACGCCCACACUGGGUCAGAGCUCUUCAUGACAGGGGAGAGAGGGGUGAAUCUGUCCGGCGGGCAGAAGCAAAGGAUUCAGCUGGCGCGGGCUAUGUAUGCAGGGGUGGGGAUGGGUGCGGAGGUGUAUCUGCUGGACGAUCCCUUCAGUGCCGUGGACGCCCACACUGGGUCAGAGCUCUUGAUGACAGGGGAGCGAGGGGUGAAUCUGUCCGGCGGGCAGAAGCAAAGGAUUCAGCUGGCGCGGGCUAUGUAUGCAGGGGUGGGGAUGGGUGCGGAGGUGUAUCUGCUGGACGAUCCCUUCAGUGCCGUGGACGCCCACACUGGGUCAGAGCUCUUCAUGGAAUACGUGCUCAAGGGGCUGGCGGGCAAGACAGUCAUCCUGGAGUACGUGCUCAAGGGCCUGGCAGGGAAGACAGUCAUUCUGGAGUAUGUGCUCAAGGGCCUGGCAGGGAAGACAGUCAUCCUGGUGACGCACCAAGUGGAGUUCCUUCCCGCUGCUGACCUCAUUCUGGUGAUGAAGGAGGGGCGCAUAGUGCAGUCAGGGAACUACGUCCAGCUGCUGGCAGAGGGCACGGACUUCAGUGCCCUGGUGAUGAAGGAGGGGCGCAUAGUGCAGUUGGGCCGCUACGACCAGCUGCUGGCAGAGGGCACGGACUUCAGUGCCCUCGUGAUGAAGGAGGGGCGUAUCGUGCAGUCAGGGCGCUACGACCAGCUGCUGGCAGAGGGCACGGACUUCAGUGCUCUUGUGAUGAAGGAGGGGCGCAUAGUGCAGUCAGGGCGCUAUGACCAGCUGCUGGCAGAGGGAACGGACUUCAGUGCUCUCGUGGAGGCACACACUGAUGCGCUCGAGAGUCAACCCGUCGAUCCAAUCCACAGCAACCCGCACCUCUCGCAGCUUCGGAAACAAUCCGCACCGAACCUGCGAAAAGGCUCGGAACCGAACCUGCUGCGCAAGGCCUCGCACUCGCAGCUUCGGAAAAUGUCCGACCCUAUGCUGCUGCACACAGCCUCCCCAGAAUCCCACCAGAUUCUAGAGAACAUGGAAGUGGGGGAAUCAGAUGGUGCUGCUGCUGGUGCUACUGGUUCUGCUGGUGGUGCCGGUGGUUCUUUAGGGGGGGCUGCAGGGGAGGACGGGGAUGGGCAGUUGAUCAGUAAGGAGGAGCGGGAGUCUGGGCGGGUUUCUUUGGCUGUAUACUGGCAGUACAUGACGAAAGCGAUGGGCGGCUGGCACGUGCCGCUGCUGCUGCUGGUCCAGCUGGCGUGGCAGGCGCUGCAGAUCGGAUCUGACCUGUGGCUGGCCACGUACAGCUCAGCAGGGGCGGAGAACAGCUCAGCAGAAGCAGGAUACACGUCAGCAGGGGCCGGAUUCAACAAAAGUAUUCUAAGCAACCUCACCUCUCCUCUCUCCUCUCCUCUCGCCUCGAGUCUUUCCUCCUCCUCCUUCACCCCAUCCUUCUCCUCCUCACUCUCCUCCUCCUUCUCCUCCCCUCUCUCAUUCCUCACCCCCUCAGCCAUCACCCCAUCAGCCUUCAUGAAGCUAUACUCGUUAUUAGCUCUGGGCAGCGGCCUGUUUGUGCUGCUGCGUACAGCAGUCAUAUCGUGGGCGGGUGUGAUGACCACCCAGGCGUUCUUCCGAAGCAUGCAGCAAACUGUAUUCCGAGCGCCCAUGUCCUUCUUUGACUCUACUCCCAUCGGACGAAUCUUAUCCCGGGCCUCUACAGACCAAAGUGCACUCGACUUGGACCUGCCAUUUCAGUUUGGCUCGCUGCUCGCAAUGGUGUUCCAGCUGCUCGGCAUUCUCUUUGUCACCUCCUACAUCACGUGGCCUGUGUUCUACGCCAUCAUCCCAUUGACGUACCUCUACUUCUCUUUCCAGGAGUACUAUCUAAUGACAUCGAGGGAGCUCUCUCGUCUGAACGGGGUUACCAAGGCGCCCAUCAUUGAGCACUUCAGCGAGUCGCUGUCAGGGGCAGCAGUGAUUCGAGCAUUCGCCCAGCAGCCCCGAUUCGCUCAUAAGAGCGCAGAGAGGGUGGACACCAACAAUCGAGUGGCAUUUCAUUACGGCGCAUGCACCGUGUGGCUGGGUGUGCAUCUGGAGCUGCUAGGGGCGCUGUUGCUGUGCUUCUCGGCUUUCAUGCUCGUGUGGCUGCCUCCUUCAGUCAUUUCCCCAGGUUUAGCGGGCAUGUCUCUGUCGUACGGUCUCGCCCUCUCUCAAGGCCUCUUCUACGUGGUGUGGGUGUGGUGCGCGCUUGAGAACCAGAUGGUCUCCGUAGAGCGAAUCCUCCAGUUUUCCCACCCCAACGUGCCCCCCGAAGCACCGCUCUCCAUCCCUUCCCACCGCCCUCCAUCCUCCUGGCCCGACCGCGGCGCAAUCACCUUCGAAAACCUCCAAAUCCGGUACCGACCGGACCUCCCAUUGGUUCUCAAAGGCGUGAGCUUGCAGAUCAACGGUGGAGAGAAGGUCGGGGUGGUCGGGAGGACCGGCAGCGGGAAAUCAACGCUCGUCGUCGCUCUGUUUCGGCUCGUCGAGCCAACGGCAGGCCGGGUGGUAAUCGAUGGUGUGGAUACAACCAGGAUCGGGCUGACGGACCUGAGGAGCAGGCUCGCGAUCAUUCCUCAGGACCCGACCCUGUUCCAAGGCUCGGUUCGGAUGAAUGUGGAUCCGGCUGGGGAGUAUCGGGAUGAGGAGAUCUGGGAGGCGCUGGACAGGUGCCAACUGGGGGAGGUGGUUCGUGGCAUGGAAGAAAAACUGGAAGCACAAGUGGUGGAAGGAGGGGAGAACUGGAGUGUGGGGCAGAGGCAGCUGUUCUGUCUCGGGAGGGCCUUGCUGAAGCGCACCCGCAUUCUUGUGCUGGAUGAGGCAACAGCGUCCGUUGAUUCCGCGACCGACGCGGUGAUCCAACGGACGAUAAAGGAGUGCUUUGGCGACGCCACCAUCAUCAGCAUCGCGCAUCGGAUUGCGACUGUGAUCGACAGCAAUAAAGUGGUCGUCAUGGACCAAGGCACUGUAGCCGAGUGUGACGAGCCGGCUAAGCUCCUGGAGGAUAAGACAUCCAUGUUCUCGCGUCUUGUAGCCGAGUACUCUGCUCGCUCCACCGACAUGGCGGAUGUUGCAAGGAGCAUGUCCAUAGAUAACCUGGAAGCUGUUGGAAAAUGGCCGCCGCGGGUGCGCGAGGGAGACGCGGAAGGCGAGGGAGGCGUGGAGGCGUCUUGGGAAUUGCUGCCGCUGUCGCCGUCAGGAUCAGACAGUGAACACUCGGACACGGAGCGACUGGAAGACGAGGAAACAAAGCAGUUGAAGGGCGUGGACACGGAACAGUCAGAAAAUAAGGAUGCGGAGCGAUUGGAGCACGGAUUACGAGUGCUGGUUUCUGAUGGAAUCGAGAUUUCAGGCGACGUAUGUGCUCUCUGCGAUAGUGUUGUUGCUGACGUCGACUCCCCGCCUGCUGACGGCGACUCCCUGCUUUUUGACGUUGAAUCCCCACCUGCUGACGUUGAAUUUCUUCCUACUGACGUCGGCUCGCAUCCCGUGGAUGUGGAGCGCCCUUACGUGCCCGAGACUACGUCAGAUGACGGCCACCUCACGCAUCAGCAGCCAGCUGAUCAGACGGCUGAGCUGACGGCCGAAUUGACGGCUGACCGUCAGCAGCAGGUAGCUAAGGAGACGGCUGGAGAGGGGCCGGUGGCUGCUCCCGUAGCUUGUCCAGACGCCGUUGACGCCGCCUCUCACGCUGCGAACGAGGGAGGGGACGGGACCGAGGGGAUUCUAAGCGAGGGUGGGAAGGAUGACAAGAGUGAAGGAAGUGAGAUACCGCAGGAGCAGGAGAAAAUGAAGAGCGUUCUGCUGCUGGUCGAGGCGGAUCUCUCUUCUGCCUCCGCCUCUGGUGCUGCUACCGCCAGCAGCAACGAUCAGGCGAAGCUGGCUCAGCGCCUGGCUGGCGCUCUGCUGCACAGCGCAGGUGCCACCCCCCCUUCUCCGGCAGGCACAGAUGCAUCGCCCCCAGGUGCCACCUCCCCCGCUCCUCUGCCACUCAGGCCGGCUGUAGGAGAAGGCUCUUUGGGGGUUUUGCCUGCCGUGGGGGAGUUGAGCUCAUCUUUGUUGGUGGUGCCGUUUGCCCCAGCAGCAGCUGAUUUUCUGCUGGCGGAUAUUCUGGCGUCUGGGCUCGAACCACUGCCUGCUGCCACUGCUGACGUGGACAAUUUGAAGACUAGCAGCCAAUCAGCGGAUGCCACCUUAGCGGCAGGUGUCACCUCUUCUUCGUCUUUCAAUCCAGUGCCACCAGUGCACGUGUCAGUGGCCGUGCUUGUGCUCUCUGCAACGGACCUGAACGAAGUCCGGCUAUUGCUGUGUGAAAGGGAAGAGAAAAGGUGUGAGAAGGAGGAGGGGAAGGAGGUGGGGCCAGAUUCUACCGCUGCUGCUGCUGCUGCUGCUGCUCUUGUGAAGCAGCUCCGGGAGCAGUACGAUGUGCUUCGUCUCGCAUUUAGAUACAUCCAAGGCGCUCCGCCCAUUGCUCUCCUUGACACUCACUGCCUCUCACCUGAUACCUUCUCCCACUGCCGUUCCUUCCUCCUCUCCUCGCUGCACCUCCCCUCCUCGUGGCCCGUCUUGUCCAUCCCCUCUCUGCUGAAACCACCUGGCGAGUUGGAUUCACCUGCACCUGCCAAUGCAUCUGAGACCGAAGGAUUGCCUGAGAAAUCACCUGAGGAGGCAUCGGCUGCGCAGGAAUCACCUGAAGAAUCACCUGACAACAGCAACAGCAGCAGCGUAAUCGAGGAAUCAGCCCACGUUCUCUGCCCCGCCUCUGUGGGGGCUUUGCUUUGCUCGGUGAUGCACAUAUCUAGCCUCUCACUUGAGCUACAGCAAGUGGCGAAGAAGAUCCAAGCAGGCGCGCAGGGAGUGGGGAUGAAUCGAGAAGGGGUGAGUGGAGCUGAUACAAGCAGGUCAACCGAGUCAACUCAGUCGAAGCAGCCAGAGGAUUCCAGCAAGUGGGCGGCGCUUUGGCACGCAGCAGAUGCCCUCUCUUCCGGCCGGCUUUCCCACACCCUCACCACCGUCACCCCACACCUGCACCACCUGCACCAGAUGUACCUCCCCUUCAAACCCCACCUCCACCAAGCAUCUGCUCUCGUCGUGUCAACUGCUCCCAUCCGAAAGCAACAGUUUGAAGUGCUGUAA